UCCUGGUCACAGAGUAAAGUUGUUCAAAGGCGUCGAGCUCUAGCUGCGCGAACUUCUACCAAGAGAAGAAAAGAGCACCGCACAUACGCUGACUCGACCUCAGUGAUGCCGGUGAACGCGUCCGCAGUCUCCACUGUGUUUUUCCUGCUGCUGGUGUGUCAUGUGCUGACCAACGACCAGCAUGAUGUUCUGGAGCAAGAAGUGAGCCAGAUGAGAAGGCGCCUCUCUUUGCAGAGUACAGCGGAGCUCCAGAGUUGCCUGUUGAGUUCAGCUGAUGUUGGCUGUGGGAUGUUUCAGUGUUUGAGCAACAACUCCUGUGAAAUCCGAGGGCUGGACCACAUAUGUCUUACUCUGCUGCACAACGCUGGACACUACGACUCGCAGGGCAAAGCAUUUGUGAAGGACACGUUGCGGUGCCUGGCAUUGGGGCUGCGGCAGCGUUUCAGCUGCAUCAGCCGGCGGUGUUCGGCGAUAAAGGAGAUGGUGUGCGUGCUUCAGAGGGAGUGCUACACCAAACACCAGCUCUGCCUGGCACUGCGGGAUCACAUGGACACCGUGGAAAACCUGGUGCAGUUUCACCUAAUGUUUCCCCCUGGGCCAUACGUGGAGCUGACGAACUUCCUGCUGAAGUGCGGAGAGGAGGUCAAGACGUGGGUCGGACGCCGUUUGCGUGAACAAUGCGAGCAGUACUGGGGGUCGCUUUGCAGCAGCCUUGCCGGAAACUGCCCCCUCUGCCAAUCCGAUACCCUCGACCAAAGCACUUCCCCAUCCACCAGUGCACAAUGGCCCAUCGCUGCUGGGGGACCCCUGCAGCAACAAACAAGAGAGGCUAAACCAGAGGAUGGGCUCAGUCAUAUAGACAACACAACUGAACCAGAUUCAGUUGUGUCUGACAAAUCCAGUGUCACUCUACAGACAGAUGGAAACUGAGUACACAAUUCUAUAAUACUAGCAGUAGUGGCUAAAAGUAUUCAGUGUAGUAAUGCAUCAUAACUUAUUCAAUCUGCUGGGCAUUUGUGCUCCAUUAAGGAUGGAAGAACAAUUAUCUACCUCACUUCAAUCUCACAGACCACUGCAGCUCAGCAGCAGACGUACACACACACGGAAUCAGUAGGUCAAGUGUAGCUCAUGGCUCCAAGUCAGUAUCCUGUUUACAAGCCCAGUUCCAAAAAAGUUGUGACGCUGUGUAAAAUCUAAAUACCAUUAGAAUGCAUUAUAUUUUAUUCAGUAUUGAACAUAGAAAACAUGCCAAGUGUUUAAACUGGGACACUUUACUGUUUCAUGAAAAACAUUUGCUCAAUUUGAACCUUUACACAGCAUCACAACAUUUUAGGAACAGAGUUAUGAAUCUGCUUUUGUAUUUAUGGAGAAAGUCAUAUUGUGUACCAUGGAGAAACAGAUGAGGCGCAGUGUGCAGAAAGGAAAGCACUCAUCGGUCAAUAUGUGUUAGAAAUGUAUUUUUAAUGUUCACUUGUUCACAUUUCAUACAGACCUCUGGUGUCGAAUGUUGUACUUUUUUUUUUUUUUUUUCCUCUCCAAUGG